AGUCAAUCCAAAACAAAAUAUCAAAUGGAUUUCUCAAAUAAAUUAUUUGGUAUCCAACACGAUUUGUCUUUGCUACUUUCUAGUGAAGAACUAAGUAAAAAUUUGCAUCUAGACAUUGAAUUUGUCUAUAACCCCCUUGACUACGCAAAGGAUAAUCAUUUGAAAUUUCUGUAUGCUUAUGCGAAUAACCCCAAAAAGUUGUUGUUUAUGGGAAUAAACCCCGGACCUUGGGGUAUGGUUCAAACUGGGAUUCCAUUUGGAGAAGUGGCUGUAGUAAGAGACUGGUUGAAAUUAAACGGAGAAAUAGUUCCUCCUCAACACCAACAUCCAUCAAGACUUGUAAAAGGAUUUUCUUGUAAACGAAGUGAAGUUAGUGGGAGGCGUUUCUGGACAUUGGUCAAAGACAUUUCCAAAAGUGAUCCACAGCUAUUUUUCAAAAACUCAUUUAUUUACAACUACUAUCCUCUAGCUCUGGUAUCAAAAUCAGGAAAGAAUAUUACACCCUCUGAUUUGAAGGCAAAUGAACAGAAGAAGCUCUUCAAUCCGUGUGAUGCAGCUUUGCGUCAAAUUGUAAGCCUUUUGCAAGUUCAAAUUGUUGUUGCUAUUGGGAGGUUUGCUGAAAAAAGAGCCAAAGAAGCGCUGAAGGAAUUUCCUUUCAUAAAGGUCGUGUCUAUUCCUCACCCAAGUCCUCGAAAUGCCAAGAGUAACCAAAACUGGCACGAAAAAACUCUAGCUCAGUUUGCCCAACUGGAUCUGUUGAAAUACUUCACUUGAUCUUUCAAGAUGGCAAAUUACAUGAAAGAAGCGCUGAAAGUGGCAAAAGAGGCUCUUGUUGGCGGGGAGGUGCCUGUAGGAUGUCUGUUCAUAUACAAGGGCCAGGUGAUUGCCACUGGCAGUAACACUGUCAAUGAAACCCGC